UCCGAGGCCGGCCCGGAGGUGGUCGGCACGGACGGAGGCUCGCCAGGUCGGGGUGCCCAACAUCACCACCCGCCCCGACGUCUGUGGGCCGGAGCACCGCCGCCAGCCGAGUGGGCGUCGUUCACCAGGGGCCCUCAGUAGGGGCCCUCGGAGCAGGAGCGGAGGCCAGGAGUGCACGUCGCUUUUGGUCACAAACCAGGAGAGGGUGGAGCCGGGGUUCAGCGAAGGCCCACGGACUCCCGGCCCAGUUCUCCCCGAGCCCCCGCGUCCGCCCGCGCUUGGGGGGCACGAGUCCCACUCGGCCAGGUGUCGCCCGGCCGGCCCGAGGGCUGAGCUCUGCCCGGGAAUGGCCUGGCCAUCCAUCGCCCAGCCCGUAGGGCCCUGCAGGGAGCGGCGGUGUCCAGCAUCCACGACUGGAUUCGGCUCCCACGUGAGCGACAGGAGUGCGGGCCAAUGCCGGGCGGGCUCUGGGCCUGCCAGCCAAUCGCGGGCCGGGGGUGCGGAGCGGCCGGGAGAAGAGGCGCAGGGCUCUGGGACCCAGGCUGCCCGCUGCGCUCCACCCCCUGCGGGUCCGGGCCAGGCUGGCAGAGCCGGCGCCUGGGGCUACGGGGCGCGCAGCUCGGGGCCCGCAGGGAGGGCGGACUCGCUACGGACCCCAGCCCCACCCCUCCUGGCCUCUCCAGCUGAGCUCGGCGCCCCAGAGAGGAUUAAGGACAGGUUUGUGCUGACACUCCAGUGACCCAAUGACCCUGUGAGGGAGGUGCUCUUAAGAUCCCUCUUAGACCCAGGAGAACUGAGGCAGAGAAGUGGACUGCCUCCUAGGGCCAUCCAGGUAAGCAGCUGGAGCUGUAAUUCAAAGACAGGCCCAUCUGACUCUCGGGCAAGUGUUUGCCUCCAGGGAAGGAAAAAGCUGCAGCAUUUUCUCCAAGCAAAAGCACCCAGGGAGGCAGGGAGCAGCCUUUAUUCAAGGAGGUGGCCACCUCCACAGGUGGCAGGGGCCGCAGGUUGGGACACUCCUAUGUCAGAAGUGAGUGGGCAGGUUGGCUGACCACGGGCAGUCUCUCAGCAUCAGCAUGAACCCCAGGAUCCUGUCUGCUAGGGACUGGUUCAGCAGCCGCCCACCCACCUCUGAGCCUGACCUGGAGCCUGCCACAGGUGGGCCAGCCUCUGAGACCACCACCCUCAGCCCAGAAGCCACCAGCUUCAAUGACACCGGAAUCCCUGACGCAUCUGGUGGAGUAGCCGGCGUGGGCGCGGUGCUACUGUCUUUGGGGGUCAUCACAGUGAUCAGCCUGGCUGUGGCCAUGGUUUUGUACAUCAGGAAGAAGAAGAGGCUGGAGAAGCUGCGCCACCAGCUCAUGCCCAUGUACAGCUUCGACCCCACGGAGGCCCAAGAGGAGCUGGAGCAGGAGCUGCUGGAGCACGGACGGGCCGCGCAGGGCAAGACCUCUCUCCCUUCUCUGGGCCCGCAGCAGAGGCCCAGCCGGCUGGUGUUCACCGACAUAGCCAAUGUGAUCCAUGCGUGAGCGGCCCAGGGACAGGCCUGGACCUCUGAUGAAGACACCUGCCACGUGCCCACAGAGCUGCCCAUGCCAGACCCACUCUCAGACCUGCCUGCCAAGGCUCCUGUUACUCUAAGGACCCACCUGCUAACUCUUCCAGGCUCUAAAGGAGGCGCCUGGCCAGGCUGGGCAUCCAGCCACUGGCAUCCCCUGAUCUGAGGGCUCUGGUACAGGGGGCACCCCUGAGGUCAGCAGAGUUGAGAGCCACCGCCAGGUUCCUUGUGUCCUGCCCACACCCCCUCACAUCAGGAUCUGCUCCUCUAAUUUGGAGGAAAUGGGGGGACAUGGGAUGGGAGGGGAAUAGAGGGGGUCCUCCUCCAUCAGGGACAGACCUAUCUGGAAUCUGGAACCUCCUCGGGUGGGGGAAGGACCACCAGCUCUUAGGGAUGGUGUGGCGGCACCUGGGGGUGGCGCUCAAACCGCCCAGUGGGCCAGGAUGUCACAGGAGGGCUGCUCAGACCCAAGGGCCCUCCGGAGCGCAGAGGGUCCAGGAGGCCUCCCAGCCGCCCCCUCUGGCAGCCAGCUGUUGGCUGGGCCACACUCAGACAGGGUGAGGGAGGGAGAAAGGUAUGGGUGUGGAGGGAGGCGGUGCCCAGGCCGCGGAGAGGCUCACGCGUGUGCAGGAGCGGGCCCACGAGGGCCAGGGCCAGGACGGAGACCUCUGCGGUGUCCCCUGCUCCCAGGUGGCCUACCCUGUGGUGUGUGGAGGAGCAUGGGGUGGGCACCUCUGCUUCAACGGCCAUAGAUUGGAGGGGAGGGUUCCGCUGCCCCCACAUCCCUUGUUGGGGCUCUGAGAGCUGGGAAACCCGCUCCCUGUCUUGGUGUGUAUCGGGGACCUAGGGGUUGGGAGAAGCUUCUGGCCUGAGGGCUGUGUGGUCACAGCUGCAGGUGAGGCGGACAAGUGCUGACUGGCUGAACUGGUGGGGAAGCUCCCUGGGAAACAGGCCCCUCCGGGGCUCUCUACCAGUCUGGGCCGCCUGGGCAGGGCAGAGCUGGGCGUGCAUGUGCUCGUGAGUGAGCACGCAGAUGUACCCCUUGUCUGCCUCGCCACCACUAUGCACCGCUGGCUGGAAGGAGCAGGGGGGCAGCAGUACAAAUCUUGUGUCGGGCAAACACCACAUGUCGGGCUGUGAGGGCCUAGGAGGCCCAUGGGGGGAAGGUUCUGGAUUCAUUCCCUCCUCUGGAUGCCGUAAAUACCUUAGCACUUGAACCUGCUGGAGGCUGUGGGUAAUGCAGGAUGCACAGAAGCUGUAAUUAACUCACAGCGUUUACAUGUGAGCAUUAAACAUGUAAUUAAGAUGUUUACAUGAAAAGACUGUGACACUCGGGGUUGAAACCCCAGGAGGGGAGGGAUGGGUGAGGCCUGUGGGGGCCUGGGUUGGUCCCGGGGAUCCUGGGAUAGUCUUGGGGAACCCCAGCUGGUUCUCCUCGAUGCCCAAUGAAGCACCUCUGGCCGUGAGUUCAAUAGGCUCUGGGGCCUCCUGUCUCCACUGUGGGGUGGGGCCACAAUGCCUGCCGUCCCUGUGGGCGGAGAGACCGAGUAGACAGGACCUGGUGGGGCCAGAGGAUGGAGGGGGCUUGAGCCCCAAGGGCCGCGGGAGGCAUGGCGCCUCAGGACCUCAUGAGCUGGGUCGGAACCCCGAAAGGGAACAAGAUGAUGUCUUUCCUGGAACACAAGGUGCAGGUGGGGGUAGGGGUGGGAGCCACAAGGGUUCUGUGUGGGACGCCUCCCCACGGGGCUCAAGACAGCUGCGGGGAGAGUGGCACUGGGGAGACCACUGUCCUGAUUUCUCAGGACUGCCCAGUUUUAGCGCUGACAACCCCAUAAGGCAGGUGCUCAGGGACAGCCAGACCCGCCCCUGGGAGCUAAGUCUUCAGGCUAGCAUAAAUGGAAAUGGACGAAGGGCUGGGCUGGAGGUGAGGGUACAGGACAGGGCCUUGGGGAGGGACGAGGGCCCCAAACACACCACAAACCGCCUAUGCCUGCCUGUCCGUGAUGACCCUGGUCCUGGGGGGGGUCUUCCUGAGGGCCGUGGGUGAGAGGAGAAGGGGUGGGUGGACUGUGACCCUAUCCUGCCAAAUAGCCCCUCAGCCUGAGAAUGGGGGGGUGGCAGGACCCUAAGGAAACAGCCUGCAGAGUAAGGCUGGCACCCAGGGACCAGGGCUGGAAGGGGCCCCAGGAGGGGCCCCAGGAGGACCUGUCCUCCCCGCUGCCUGCCACGUGCCCCACUCCCUGAAUGAGCUUAGCUAGGCGGUGGGCACAGGGCAGCCUUGCAUGGGUAGUGGGGCCGCUGCCCAUCCCUGUUCCCUCCUCCCUCCAUGACCUGGUCCCCUGCUCCCCUCCCAGCCCUGCAUGGACAGUAGACUUCCCGGAAGUUCCCGGGUCUUCGCAAGCUCAAGGUCAAUAAACACUGGGUGA